CACAUUUAUAAUUUUGUAGAAAAAAACUUGUAGUUUUAUUUUUUGAAUUCCGUGAAAUAAAAAUCAUGGUCAACUAUUACACAGAGAUAAAAGGCCUCUGUUCUGAAUUUUUCACUGUAUGUAUGUUGUAAGAACGCUACAACGACCAACUAUUCUAUCCAAGGAGGCUGUAUACCUAACGGUAAUUAUUCUUCCUUGGUCCUCUUUGCACCUAACAACAUACAGACGACAUGUCCAAACUGCGUUUGUUUUGUCUGUUGCCACUUGCCGUCCGCCAUAUUGCUACGCUUAUCUCAUAUCUCCAUGUCUUUUACGUGUAUAGCUCAGUCCCGCUUCCACAUGCUAGAUAGUGCGUAGAGGACAUUAUAAUAGGCUAGUUGACUCUUUUUGGAAAAAGGUUUUAAAUGGUUAAUAAAUGUUCUAUUAGACCGAAAAAAAAUGUAUUGUAUUUUUUUUAAACCGAGAAAGCUACAAAUCUUUAAUUUUAAAAUAGACUUUUCAUGGACAUACAAAAACGCUGUCGGCCAUUUUAGUCUAUAGAUUGUCUAUGCUAUGACGUGAACAGUGGUAAACAAAAACUCGUAAACACGUAGAAAAUUACUUUUAACUGAGUUUUUAAUAAAAAAAAACAUGAUUUCUAAUAAAUACCACGAAAAAUAAAUUAUCAUUACUGUAUUGUACGAGAAUAUAAAAACACAUCCUUGAAGACUCCAGGAAAGUUGUGGAUUAAAGUGCCGAAAGAAAUUAACCUACGCAACUUUAUUACACUUAUUCAUAUGUUGUAUCAGUUUUAUGUUUAUUACUACAUUGUAAUACUAAAUGCACGGUACUUACAUAGAUGCCUUGUCGUUUCUCUGCUCCGCAGAGCAGUAAUCGGGGUUUAGUGCAACAAAUUCACCAACCAUCAAUGCGUCAAUUCUUGGCAGAUUUGUGCUUUCUGCUUUCACAAAGCCGGCAUCCAUAAUUUGUUUAGUCAAAAAAAACUAAGUUUACUGUUUUUUUCUUUCCUAAAGUUAAAAGUGUUUUAAGAUAAAUUUAGUCAGACGAAAGAAUCCACCUACAGUAACACGCGAAUGACAUUUUGUUGUUUACCAUAAGAGACGUCAAAAUCAUGGCGAAUGUGGCGAACGGCGUUUUUAGUGUUUAAAAAAUAUAGACUAAAAAAUAUUUUUUAAAAUUAAAUUUCUACAGCAAUCUUCUGCUUUUAUGAAGUGAAAUCGAUAUAUUAAGGUUCCUUAGACUAAACACUUUAAGAAAUAAACAUUUAUUUAAUACAAUUCGACAUGAGUAAACUAGCCUAUUAUGCGUUCAUGGCAAAAUCUUUCGUCCAUGGUGUAGAAAUUUGAAGUUUAUUUGAUCUACUACUACUACUACUACCAACAUAAAAAUUCACUUCCGUCGUCUAUUUAUUGUGAAAAUUAUUAUACAUUUAUGUUUAUUUAAUCGAAUCAGCUGUGAUAAAAAUUACAGUUUUAAUAAAAAAUAUUUGUAUAUUUGAAAUAUAGUUCACAAGGAAAAUAUUUUUGGUUUGAGUAUGUCGCUUGAGUUAUGCACAAAAAGAAAAUGGUGGCCGCGCUACUACCGAAACGAGUGUACAGCUUGUUCUGCUAAUUCUCAUUUCAGCGUUAUCUUACUUUUAGUCAUAAAUAAAGUAUACCGUGAUUUGGUAUUUCUAUAAACGUCGAUAUAAACACAUAUUGUGCAGUUCUAGAGGUCGCCUGGAACAAUUUCCACUGAUACUUUGAAAAUUCAAUAUACCAAAAGUAUGAAAACGACAUGGCGGACUGAUCGACCAAUGAGAAGCCAGCAUCUAAGCGUUUUAGAAUUGCAUGUACUCGCAUUUCGCGUCAUUAGGAUUUUGGUGCCUUCUUUCUUUUGAUAAAAAUUCUGUGUACAUUCUGAUAUAAGUGUUUGAAUUGUUUUCCUUUCAAAAGUGCUUUAAGAAAAUCAUCUAGAAGCGUGCCAGGUUCAGUUAUGCGACGGACUGUUACAAAGCGCUUAGAUCAUGACUGCAUUGGAUUUAGGAUGAACUGAAAUGCAAUUCCAUCGUUUUGUUUUUGUAAACAAGACUAUGUUUUUGUGGUACACGUGCAAGUUGGUAUUUAAUUGACAGUUGAUGCAAUGAUGUCGGGAAGGGGGGCUAAGAAACGCGGGAGACCCCCAAAAUCUGGAAGUUUUGAAAAGAACAGAAAAUUCCAAUAUCAUUUAUUGAAAAAGCCGAAAUAUUUACAAACUUUGAAUCAACAAAAUUUACCAUCUCCAUCUCUUGUAAGUACUCCUUCAGCGUCGAGAGCAUCGUCUCCACUAGGAAGUGAUGUAAGUAAGCGAAGUACAAGAAAACUCAGAGGCGGUAAGAGCCACAAAAGUAAAAGAGGAGGUUUAUCCAAUGCAUAUUCGCGUAGAGGUUACAAUCCGCAAGUAGCAGAUUACCACGAAUCUGAAUACCAUUAUGGAUCAGACUUUGGAGAUGAAUUUAGCGAUAAAUCAGAACCAGAAGAUGAUCGUGCAAGCGACAGUACCGAAGGAACUGUCGGGGACGGCGCCGCUAGUGACAGUGACUUCUCAGUGAGCAGUUACAGUACUUCAGGUGGUACACCUAGAAAGGUCGGCGGUAAUGUCCGUGUUCCAAGCCCUGAUCCAUUGUGGCUACAGGAUGAACGACUGGUACCAACUCUGGAACUUCCCUCAUCUUCAGAUGAUUUGAUUAUCCCACAAACAUUAGUACUACAAGUUGUAGGCAUUUAUGAGGUUCUGCGGCAUUUUCGUCAUCUUGUAAGAUUAUCACCAUUUCGCAUUGAAGAUCUGUGUGCAGCUAUAAGCUGUGAAGAUCAAAGCAAUUUACUUAUAGAAAUUCAUAUAAUGCUGUUAAAGGCCUUAUUGAGAGAAGAGGAUGCCCAACAAACUCAUUUCGGUCCCUUGGACCAUAAAGAUAGUGUUAACAUUACUUUGUUUUUAUUAGAUGUUAUGACAUGGCCUGAGGUCCUUAGGAUUUAUGUGGAAAGUGACAAGUCUUUUGACCAAAAUGUUGUUAAAAUUGUGAACACUUGCGAAUAUCCUUUUACAUCUGUAGAAGAUAGGGUUGUGGUGCUGCAAUUCUUAUGCAAUCAAUUCCUUAUAACAAAUCCAGUUCGAGAUGAUCUGCUCAGUGAAGUGCCCAUACACUAUGAUGACCAUUGCCGAGUAUGUCAUCGCUUGGGGGAUUUGUUGUGCUGUGAAACAUGCCCUGCUGUAUUUCAUCUGGAAUGUGUAGACCCUCCACUAGUUAAUGUACCAUCUGAAGAUUGGCAAUGUGCACUUUGCAAGCUUCAUAAAACAGUUGGUGUUACUGACUGUCUUCCUGACGCUGAGAAACAAGGUCUACUAUGCCGUCAUGAACACUUAGGGUUUGAUAGACAUGGGCGAAAAUACUGGUUCAUUGCUCGUCGGUUGUUUAUUGAAGCUGAAAAUGGUGGUGUUUGGUACUAUUCUACUCCAUACCAACUUGAAGAGCUUUUAAGCAAGCUGGAUGCUCAUGAAAUGGAAGCACCAUUAGUCAGAGAAAUUGUAGAAAUGAAACAAGAAAUUCACAGACAAAUGGAAAUAACAGAAAGAUUGACUAAUCAAUCGAAAGGUAAUCGCAAAUCAUAUCUAGAAGUGGAAAAUGCAAAUAUUCUUAAACAGAGAAAAGAAAAAAGUGAAAAAGCUCAUAUGCAAAACAUGGGUAUAAAACUAGAUGACAAAGUUGACACAGGGGCACCGGUAAUUGACGGAGACAUCGUCAAUGAAGUAACAGUCACUAGUGAUGACACUACAAAUACGAGUAACGACGAAAAUCAAGACGCUACUGAAGAUGAUGAUGAUGGCAAGAAAAUUAAAAACAAUUCAAAUAGACUGAAAUCAAUCAAUGCGAAAAAGCCUGAAGAGAAAAGAGUGACUCGUCUAAAAUCUAAUCAAAUAUCUAAUGGGACAUAUCACUUUAAGCUUGGAAAUGAAAAUUCAUUCAAAAAUUAUAUAAACCAAUACUCUAACAAUCCUUUGGCCUUGAAUAAGCCUCAGCGGAAUGAGGAGAGAGAUAAAAAGCGCUACAUGUCUCAUAAAUUUUCUUUGUCAUCAUCCCAAGAGUUCAAAUGGAUUGGUCUUUUAAAUGCUACAAAACCACUACUAGUGGCAACAUUACGGCAAACUCUACUACAACUGGAAUCUAAUAUAGUGAUACAAUUUAUGCAUCCCAAUUGGUCUCUUUUGCGAAAACCUUGGGUACAAGCCGUGCAACUGUGUCAAGCUCCUCGGGAUUUUGCUAGAGCACUUUGUGUCCUUCAGGCUUGCAUAAAAAGUGUGGUGUUUGUGCCAGCCUGGCAUGAGCAGCUUGGGCACGUCAAACUUAUAAGAACUACAGCAGCCGAGCGUGAAGAACGUAAAAAACUUGAUAAAAGAGAAAAAAAAGAAAGGGAUGAAGAAGAAGAACGAAACAGAACAGCUUACAAUUUUGUGAAAUAUUCUCUUGGUCUUCGACAUCAAGCAUGGAAACAAAAAGGCGAAGAAUAUAGAAUUCAUGGGCAAUGGGGUUGGCUUUGGAAUUCCUCUACUAGAAAAUAUAAAAAAACUAACACUGCCACUAAGCUAAACCUUGCAGAUGGUCCUGCAAAAAUAGCUAUACGAGUUAGAGAAGGAACUGUCAUUAAAAUUCUAGCAGUUGAGCCUAAAACAUAUGAGUAUUUGAUGUCUAAUGAUACCGCAGAUAAAGAAGUGUUAGAAAGACUACCUUCAUCAAUGAGGAAUUUGUUAGUCGAAAAAGAUGAUGAAGAUUUUGAAGAAAUUGAUGUUGAAAAAGCUUUAAGUUCUUCUAUCAGGAGAUAUUAUCCUAAGAUUGCUAGAAAAUCUAAAUUGGAUGAUUUUCUUACACGUCGCACUUAUUUAAAAUUUAUGGAAGAAAAGAAAAUAGCAAAUUUAUUGACAAUGGUGAAAAAAGAAGAUACGGAUGUCAAGAGUGAAGACGAUAAAAAUAUUGAUGUGGAAAAUGAUGAGCCAGAUACCGAUCUGCCGCCUGUAUGUGAAAGCAGUAAUGAGAAGAAAAAUAAUAAUUCCAAAACAGUUGAGAGUCUGAGAGACCAGUACCAAAAAUUAUCUCAGCUGACUAAACAUUACAAAUGUUACUCAUCAAGUUGUAACAAAAUUGAACCAUCUUCUUUAUUGCAAGGAUCAGGUGUCAAAGUUAGGUGCUAUUCACCUUUAUGCAUCACCAAGGGAAGACUUCUCAAUGAAUUAUUACUUGUGUUGAAAGGUAAUACAAGUAAUAGCAAUAGUUUAUUAGUUAAUCAUAAGGAUCAAAAUAAAAUGUCAAUUCUAGAACAGUAUUUGUUGGGUAAGACUGUAGCAGCGUCUCAGACUUCAGAGGAAAACAUACUCACUGAUUUACUAUCAGCAGUAGCCUGUGCUCAAGAGUUUGACAAUAAAAAUUCAGAUUGUUUUGUAAAAAGGAAACUAAGUGAAGAAUGCGAUAUAUCCAUGAAAUUAGAAAAAGAUGAUGAUAUGUCUCUUUUAAAAUCUGAAAGCACUUUAGAAGAGUCAGCUGUACCUGCUGUAGGCAACGAGAUGGAUAUAGAUAUAACUACGAGCAAUAAUGAAGAAAAUGAAGUUGAAAUAGGACCUUUGAAAGAAUUGACGGAUGGCGAUCAGCAAAUAGACAAUGCUGACUCAGAACAAUCGCGACCACCAAUUCCCAAACUAAAAAUAACUAGAGGAAAAUCAUUGAAAUCGACAUCUAAUUCUAAUGCCAACCGUGAUGAAGGUAAAGAUUCAUCAUAUAAAUGUUCUGUCACCACCAAGACUGAGGAGAAACCAAAAUAUCGGGCAACUGUCAAUAGGAGAUUUGGUUUGAUAAGACCAAAGAGGGACGAAAAAGUUAUUAAAGAGGAAAAAACUGAGAAUGGUGUGAUAAGAAUCUAUUCUGCAGAAAACCCAUGUCGUAAAGUUUACCUCAAAAGAGUACAAACAACUGCUGUAGAAAAGAAAAAGAAACGGACGCCUGUGAAAUAUCCUUUAUGUUCUACAUUCCAUACCAGAAGUAAAGCCAAAACUAUAAUGGUAUUAUCCCAUCAUGAAUUGAGGAAACUAAGCCGUCAAGCAGGACAUAAUGCUGUAUCUGGAUUCAGUCAUAAUGCGAAACCUAAUCAAAGUGUAUGGCCCUACCCAUGUGCCAGACCUUUGUUCAAAACGUGUUGGUUGUACCGCACCGUAAAUUUACAAUGGUUGGCUAGUGCAGCUCUGCAACUACGGAUAAUGUGGUCUUGCUUACGGUGGGACGACAUGUCUGCUAAACCAGCAACUGCCGACGGUAAACAUCAGUUGACUACAGACACAGAGAUAGUUUCUCUCGAAUUAUUAAAGCAUCGGCAUAUAGGCCAGUUUUCUGAACGUACACAAUACUUAAGACGGCGAGUCGUGAUACCUCUAGAAUUACCGAAAACUGUGCGUGAAGUAACCUCGAUUCGCAGUGGUUUACGGAAAAGGAAACGUGCCGAAUCUCCCCAAAAUACGGAACCUCAGGUGUCAGAAGAAUGGGUGGAUGAAGAUAAACUGGAACUGUGGGAAGUUCGCCAGUAUGGUGAAAGAACUGAACGUGCGACCCCAGUGACGCGCACUUCCACCGGCAAGCUGCCGCAGCGAACGCCUGCCCCGCCGCCGCCUAACGCCUCUGACAUCAAAGACAAGAUGGAGCAGCAACUACGAGAACAAAGGGCUGCUCAUCAACAAAAAAGAGCUCUCGAAAUGUCUCAAGAUAAGGCGAAGACACCUAGUCAGAAUUCUGGCAAAAGUACACUAACAUCGUUAUUGACCACAAACUCUUCGACUCCGACUGGCCAAAAAACCAUCAUCGGAACUAGACGAAUAAUCAUGACAAAAGGAGCUGACGGUUCCACCCGGGUCAUCAGUCAACCCGCCGCCGGUGUCACGAAAACCGCGAUCGACAGUCCGGCGACGAACAAAGUCACGGCUACUCCGCAAAAGGACGGCCCUCAAAAAGUCCAGAUCAUUCGCGCACCCGACGGAAAGAUUACCGUUCGGGGAUUGCUCGCGGGGCAACAACUGCUGCAGAUGCCGGACGGGAAGUUGCACAUCGUCAUGUCCGGCCAGCAGGGCUUAGCCGGCCAGCUGGUGUCUGCGUCCCCGGGUACGAAACCUGCUGAGGCGGCGCAAGAAAAGGAGGAGCGGGGCGCGAAUCAAACUAAAAACGUAAACGAGGAACCGAAACCGGCGCCGCGGCUAGCGCCCGCGGGUCAGCAGAUCCUACUGCAGGGGAACAGGCAGCUGGUGAUGCAGCCAGCGCAGCAGGUGGUGGUGCAGCAGCAGCAGCCGCAAGUAGUGGUGGCGUCGCCGCAGCAGGUGGUGGUGCAGGCGAGCGGGCGGCCCCGCGCGCCCCUGCAGACGGUGCUGGUGCAGGGGCAGCUGAUGCCGCGACCCAUCACCCCCGCCCCCGCGCCCGCGCCCGCGCCGGCACCCGCGCCCCGCCAGCCCGCGCCGCGCCCGCGACCUCCCGCCACGCAGCAAAUCGUCGUCAACAACCCCGCGCUAGUGCAGCAGAUCGCCGCUGGGAAAAUUCAGCUCGCCACGGUGAACGGUCAGCAGGUGCUGAUCCGGCCGACCGGCAACAACCAGGCGCAGAUCGUCGCCCACAUCGGUCAGAGCCCGGCGCCGCCCCCCUCCCCCGCGCCCGCCUCCACGCCUGCGCCUAUCGCGCGCCCCCAGCCCAUCGCCCCGCAGCAGCAGAUCCAACAAGUACAACAGCCGCAGACCAUGACCGAGGAUGAGAUUGUCGAGAAGCGACUGUUGGUCGGUCAGCCGCCUGGUACAGUCAUCAAAACUGUCACUGCGCAGGUUAUGCAGACGAGUAGCGGUCCUAGUAUAGUUCUUCAAGGUCUUCAUGGAUAUUCACUCACACCACAACAAUUGGCGUUAGUUCAGCAUCAAGUGAAACAACAGCUACUGAAAGCGCAAGAGUCGACUGGUAAACAAGGCAUGCUGGGACCAAGGAAGAUGUACUUGGCCGUACAGCCGGCCCCCUCCGCGCCCCCACCGUUGGCGCCCGUGGUGCCGCAGCCCUUGCAAACGAUGCCUGUUCCUCACCAGGAUAUCAAUGAAGACGAGUCCGUUAAACAUCAAUCUCUUCUUAACGGCGAAGAUAAAGUAGCUGAAGCCGCUAGCCAUAAAGAAGCUACGCCUUCUAAACCAGAGGAUAUACAGGAAAAUAAUACUAAAACAGAUAUCGUUAAUUCCACACUAGACGGAGUACAGAGUAAUAAGUUCGUGCUCACUCCUGACUACAUACAGCAAAUAUUUGGAUUCACUGUGUUCGAAGUGAUAUUACCAAGUUGGCUUCUUUCAGCGAUCAAAAGCGCUCUCAAACAAGAGAACCUGAAUCCGGAGAUCGAGGAGAAGCUGCUGCAAUUGCAGCGGUACCAGGAGAAGCGCAUGAAGCCUGAAGCGCCCGUAGAGAGGGAGGUGCGCGUGGUGCCGGUGGCGGCGCAGUCUCCGUCGCCGCCGCCUCGACGCCGCGCCGCCUCCUCGCGCCACGACGACGACGACGAGUGGGUGGACAGCAGCCCCCGCAAGCGGUCCCGCCCCUCGCGCGCCCCCACACCGCCCCCGCCGCCGUCCGCGCCCAUCACCCGCCCCCCUCUCCGCGCUGCCGCCGCCGCCGUUCCCGCCCCCGCCCCGCCAACCCCCACUUCACCCGCGCCCGCACCCGCACCACCUCCUGCACAAGCCCCUACACCCAAACCCGCCCCAACACCUACACACGCCACCCCGACGACACCUCACACGCCCAUCUCCGCAUUGGAAGAACGACGCCGCGCCGCUUCCACCCACUCGCGCCUGCAAAUGCUACUAUUCAAACACAAGGAGAUGCUGAAGAAAGAAAUUAUAAAAAAGAGGGGCCUCCUCGAAAAGGAACUUGGAGUCGAGAUACAGAAAGAGCUGUCCGCCGAAUUAGCGUUACGAACUAGAGCGGAGCGUAACAAACAGGAAGAGGUGCGAGGCGGGAAACGGCGUACUGCGUCCGGUUGCGCCCGCGACUCGACGCCCAAAUCUAACAAACGUAGUGUCAAAAAGGAGAAGCUGUUGUGUAUUUGUCGCACUCCUUAUGACAACACCAAAUUUUAUGUGGGUUGCGAGCACUGCAGCAACUGGUUUCACGGUGAUUGCGUGGGAGUCACUGAAGAGAUGAGUAAGACCAUGGAAGAAUAUGUGUGUCCGGAUUGUAGGAGAGCAGAGGAGACACAAGAGCUAUAUUGUCUUUGUAGGCAACCAUAUGAUAAUUCACAAUGCGUGGGUAUUUUGCAAUCAGAGGCAGAUAAUAUUGAUGAGUAUAUAUGUCCGAAUUGUCAAAAGAACAAUUCUGUAAAUUUUGCUAACAUGAAAGAGCUCACCCCUAAAGACUUUGAGAAUUUAAAGAGAUUAGUGAAGCAAAUUCAAUUACAUAAGAAUGCUUGGCCUUUCAUGGAGCCGGUAGAUCCUAGAGAAGCACCAACAUAUUAUAAAGUUAUAAAGGAGCCAAUGGAUCUACAAACCGUUGAAAGAAAAGUGAAUGAAAAGACUUAUAGUACUCUGAGUGAGUUUAUUGGUGAUAUGACUAAAAUUUUUGACAAUUGUCGAUACUUCAAUCCUAAAGAUUCCGAAUUUUAUCGCUGUGCGGACGGUUUGGAAGCAUAUUUUGCACAAAAAAUUAAAUUCUUUAGAGAAAAGCUAUUUGAAUCUACUCCAUGAUAAUAGUGCCAGUGUAUAGUGUCUACAAAUAGGAAUUAUGUGAUUGAAUCAAAUUGGCAGACUUAAGAAGAAAUUACAAACAUGUAGCUAUUCAUUUUUUUCUUUAUGAUCUGUAACAACUGUAAAUUAUAAACAAAUGUGAUGAAAUUUACAAAGAAUAAUAAUUUAUAUUAAAGUAAUGUUUGAAUGUAUCUAUUGAGUUGAGUAUGCCAAGUCCGGUUCCAUGUUAAGUAUUUAUUGUAUUUAUUACAUGCUUUCCCCAUUUCAAGGCUGACUCACUCUUUAGAUGUCAUUAAACUCCAGAAAUAAUAAUUAUAUGUAUACAGUUUGUGAAAUAUUAUGUUAGCUAAUGUAACUUAGCAAGUUUAGUUAUCUUGGUAGUGCUUAGCAUAAGAUAAUACCUAUUUGUAUGUAAGUAAUAAAUUUUUAAUAAUAUACAUCUCAAUGAUGCCUU